AUGCCCGCCUUCGUCCCCGCGCCCGGGCUCCCGCUCUCCUCCUCGCGCGUCUUCGUCACGGGCCGCAGCACCCCGGUAGCCUCGCGGCCCACGCGCCGGGCAGAGGCCCCGGUCCACACCGACAUCUCGGCCAUCAAGCUUCCCAAGCUGCCGUCGCUCCCCAACUUCGGCAAAAGCAACGGCGCGCCGGCCACGCCCGCCAACCCGGUGGCCUCGGAGCUCACCAUUGGCGGACGCACCGUACAGGCGCCUGCCGCGGCGCCGCCCGCGCGCAAGCCAGCGCCGACGCCGACGCCCACAGGGAAGGGCAUCCCCAAGUUCUACAACCCGCCCACGGCGCGCGCCGAGUUCCGCGCGGACGCCAAGGGGCACAACGCCACCGCGUACGACGUGCGCGUCGGCCGCGAGACGAACACCACCAAUCGCCGAGUCAAUGAGCAGGGCACCUUCCGCAACAUGGACCCGUACACGGACGAUUUGCUAUGGGCUCGCCCCGGCUGGUCGAGCGAUGAGGCCAGAGUUGGCGUCAGGGUGGCCUUGAGAAACGUCCUUGGGAACGCCAAUAUGUUCGAGAGCGAGCUGGCAGAGCUUGCCACGUCGAUUAGCUGCGUCACGGAGACGGCCAAUAUGAAGGAGUUUGUGCGCGCGGUCGGCCUCUCCAACGCCUAUAGAAAGCGCUUUUUCGACGCCACGAGCAACACCCGCUUUGUCGAAUGCAACUUCCUUCACUUCCUCGGCCGCGCCCCCCAUAAUCAGGAAGAGGUGAGCGAGCACAUCAGAAUCAUCACCGAGCAGGGAUACAAUGCGGAGAUCAAUUCGUACAUGGAUUCAGAUGAGUACGAUAUCCUGUUUGGCGAGUCUCGCAUCCCCGCUGUCAACUUCCGGGGAGGACAUCCGUACAACAAUGAUAUGAACAAGAUCUGCGCCCUGAACGGGACGUACACAUCCACGGACCGCAUCUUGGCGACGGCCGUGCUCCCCACUGGUGAUUACGCGGGCUUUAAGUCGGUUGGCAUUAAGAAGGGCCUGCCAACGGCCUGGCGCGGAGAAAAUGCCGCCCGGGAUCAAGCCGGCCCAGUUAUGUCGUUCCCUGCAGGUGUCUUUUGGAGUCCGUCUCCGCAAGGUAUACGCGAUGCGGAAAUCGCUUGGAAUGCCAAGUACGGCAAUUGGACUAAGUUCUGGUACAAGGACUCGCAAAUGUACCAGGAAAUGAUGAAGCCCAAGUUGAGGCACACCGCGGAAGAAGUCAAAGAAGCAAAGGCUAUCUUGAAGUACGGCAGCACCAUGGCCUCGGCGUACGUCAAAUGAGAUUUGGAAUUAUGCGGUAAUCUUUAGUGCUGCUGUGUAAGCCAUGUUAUCGACACCAAACGUCGAUGAGGCACCCGUUUUGUAGGUAAUUGCAGCUCUCACACGUUCAAAGCCUGAAGGGAAGAUUACUCCUACCACAGUACCACAUUCCCAGCCCCAAUUGAGAAGAACUCGGCCUUGUUCGUCAACAUCCGACCGAUUCGUUCCAAUACAAGCCCUUAAAUCUAUCUCAAGUAAAGUUUUUCCUA